UGGCAGGCGCCUCCACUGCCUCCCCGGCGAGGCAGGGAGGGCGGAGCGGGGACACGGAAGCAGCGCGGCGCCGGCCGACCUCCGUGUUUUUUGCGGGGCAGGCGGGUGCCACCUCGUCCUGCAGCGCGCGGCAGGAGCUCUGCGGCGAUGGAGUGCGCCCACGCGCACGUAAUCGGACCCUGAUGGGGCAGGGCCGGGCAGGGUCCGCAUGUGGCCCCCUCAUCAAGAGGGGGAACCGCUCGCGGGGCAGCGAGGCAGGCCGCAGACCGCAGACCUCGCACGGCGCGGCUCUUCAGCCACGGGUGCUCGGCAGGCGGCCGGCCACCGGUGGGGCGCCUGCGCUGCUGGUGGUCUCCAGGUGGGAUCCGAUCCGCCGCGCCGCGUCGAGGACAUCGGGCUUCACGCCGAGCCCGUCUGGAAUAAUGUGUCGCCGCCGGGAGCGCUUCUCCCUCGCCGGGAGAUCACUGGGGGAGAGGCCGGCGGGGCCUCCCCUAAUCCUUCGGGGGCUAACAUUACGUUGGACGAGCCGUUGGGCUUGAACAACCACGGCGACGAAGGUCUGGGAGGUCUGCAGAGUCCUCGUCGCGCGAUCGGCGCGGAAACGCCGCCCACAUUUUUCCCUGAGAUCCGGGCGUGACAUUUUUGUCACACUGAGCGUGUUCGCUCAAUUUCGGACCCGGGGACCCUCAAGGAUGGAUCCAACUCGACAGAUGCCGCAUAAAG